CUCUGGUCACAGCAAGCGUUUCACUGCGGAAUUAUUUAGCAAAGCAAACAGUUUCGUCACAAUUCCCGCAUUCGGCAUUAUCAUUUCCUAUGCCGAACCUCAGCUAACUCUUUCUUUCUAGAAAGCAAAUAUCCAAAGAUAUAGAAAUUGUAUAUUCGAAUCGAAUACCAAAUCCAAUGGAGAACAAACGCAAAAUGCGUCGAAAAUUAUCGUCGGAAUCGGAUGGGGAUAGUUCUUCCUCGGAGCCGACAAAUAAAAAGAGCAAGAAUGCCUCAGUUCCAGAAGAUUACGUAGAUAUUGUCGAGCAGGACUUGGACAGUCUUCUGGUACCAGCCAACAACAGCAGCAGCAGCAGUCGACAGUCGACAGGCUCGCGCAGGUCCCAGGCAUCAUGUUCAUCGUUAAGUCUUUCGUGCGAACCAGAGAUACCAUGCGAAUUUAAUCGCUGCGGCAAGGUCAUAUCUAUUCAUCUGGAGAAUUUCAUGUGCCAUGAGAAUUUUACCGUGGAUUUUGGUCCCAACAUCAACUUCCUUGUGGGCAAAAAUGGCAGUGGCAAGAGUGCCGUGAUCACAGCGCUUUCAUUGGGUCUGGCAGGCAAUGCGCGCGCCACUAACCGUGCGGCCAGCAUUAAGAAGCUAAUUAAAAACGGCGAAACAGCAGCCAAAAUCGAAAUAACCUUGUGUAAUGUGGGAAUGUGCCCAUUCGAUGCUGAACAUAUGGGACCGCAUCUGACGGUGGUGCGGCACAUUCGCCAAUCAGCCUCGUCAUAUGAGCUAAAGGAUGCACGCGGUAAAAUUGUCUCCAAAAAAUUAGAUGAUGUUAAGCGCUUGCUGCGCCGCUUUCGCAUUCACGUCGAGAAUCCAAUUUUUGUGCUAAACCAGGAUUCUGCACGUGAAUUUCUAAAAAAACUGGAGCCAUCAUCGAAUUUCUCGCUGCUGAUGAAGGCAACACAGAUGGAUACUUGCAUUAAUGCACUAGGCGAAUGUAUGGCUCAACGUAAAAUGCAUCACAGAGCCUUGGAACAUUUUCGAAAGAGAAAGGAAGUAUCGGCAGAACUGGUGAAGGCGGAGGAGGAAAAGCUGGCCACAUUCAGGGAUAAGGAAGCAGUCAAGUUGAAGCUAGCCGAGGCCAACUCCAAGCUGGCUUGGCUGUCGGUGGGGCGACAAGAGGAGGAGCUAGCUAACUGUGAGCAGUCGAUUAAACUGAUUGAAACAAAGAAGGCCAAGCUGGUAGCAGCCACAUCACAGAAGGACUCAGCUCAAGCCACACUCACGCAAAAGUUGAGCACCUUUGAGGAAAAGAAAAAGCAUAACCAAGAUGUCUACAAAUCGCAUGAGACAAAGAUGCGUGAGGCCGCGCGCAUAUUGCAGGAGCAUUAUUUGAAAGCCAGCAAUAUCCGAACACAAAUUAAAAAUGCCGAAAAACGCCUCAACGAGGAGGAGCACGAAUACGAUGCUUGUGAAAAGCACAUCAACAAUUACCAUGCCGACUAUGCUAGAGCCAAACAGGAGCGAGAGGAGAACGCCACCAGAGCUGUGCAGCUGAAGAAGCUGGUCGUCGAGAGCGAGGCGCUUGUUAAACAGGCCCGAGACGAUCAAUUGGAGACAAAAGAACGAUUGAGUUCUGUCCGCGAACAGGUGGACGCCCGGCGAUUCGAUAGGAACAAAAUUAAUCAAACCAAGCAAAACAUCCAAUUGGAAAUUGACACGCUUGGUCGCAACAAAAGCAACAAUCUAUCCAUUUACGGCGAGCAGGCGAUCAAAGUGGUUUGUGCCCUGCGCUCUCAGUAUAGCGGCCCGAACCAGCACCGAAUGCCGCGCGGUCCGAUUGGCCAAUAUAUAACUGCAGUCAAUCCCAAGUACAGGGAUUUGGUUGAGAAACAGUUAUCCUCUUGCCUACGCUCAUACAUCGUUAGCUCUGACAAGGAGCGUCAAGCGUUGAGAGCCUUACUCCAGCGGUUCUAUGGCAACAAGGUGCCCAACAUCAUUACCAGUACGUUCACAGAUCGCGUCUACAAUGUGUCCAAAUUAAAAGUUCAGGCCACUACACCGAACACAACAGUGCUGAUCGAUGAAAUCAGCUGCGAUGAUCCGGUUGUAAUGAACUACCUAAUAGAUACGAUGCGCAUCGAGACGGUGCUGGUGACCGAGUCCAAAGAGAUAGCCGAAUUCCUUACUUCCGACACGGAGAAUGUGCCACCCAAUUUGACGCGUGUGCUGGUGCCAAACCUGGGACUGGAGUACAUACCAUCGCCCAACUAUGCCGUCUAUACGGCUCGUAUAUUCCCCGGACGAUACAUGCAGGUGAAUGUGGACGAUCGCAUCCGGCAGCUGCAGGAUGAGCAGCGUAGUCUGCAGGAGCGUGCGGCAUCGAUUGAAGCCGACUAUCAGACACUGAGGGAAAUGCUGGAGCGCACAGCUCAGGAGGUCACCCAAAAGACGAACGAAAUAUCUCAAUAUCGUGCCGUGGUGCAGAAGGCUACCCAAGAGAUAAUUGAAAUUGAAAACAUUGAGCAUCCUGAUCUGCCAGAAUAUGAUCGCCUGAAAACCCACUUGGCCGAUUGCGCCGAGAGAAUGGAGAAAUGUAAAGAAGAACGCCGUGAGCUGAAGCUGAAACUCGAAGAAAUCGAUGAGCAAAAGGCCCAAUAUGAAGCUAUGAAAUCCGAUGAAAUGAAGGCCCUCGAGGAGAUAAGCAAACAAAUGGAGACCCUCGAUACGGAGGCCUACGAAGUCACAAAGCAAUUACGUACCUUGGACUCUGAAUUCUCGCAAAAUAAUCAACGUCUCCAGAAAAUGGUAGCGCUCGGCCAAAAUCAUCAAGCAGCUAAACAGGAUAUUAUCAAUGAAUUGGAGAAGGUGCGCCAAGCGGCCAAGCUGAUGGGAGAAUUUAUCGCCACGACAGAGACAGAAGAGGAGCUCCAAGAUUUAAUAAGUCAACACAAAUCGAAAAUACGGCAAGUGGAGCAACUAAAUUACGAUCCCGAAGAGUUGGAGAAGAAUUUAAGUGUCCUGCGGGAUAAGCUUGGCGAGGAUGCCAACCGUUUUAACAUAACGGACACUGUCAUCAAGCAUCUGCGCAAGGCGUACCACGGCAAUGCGCAAAAUUUCCAGAGAUCUCGCUAUCAUUACCUAACAAUGGUUCAGUUUAAUUUUCAACAUGCCCUAGACCUGCGACACUUUAAAGUGACCUUUGACAAUGAUAUAAAAGCUAAGACCUGGGACAUAAAUGUUUUCCCGGCAAGUGGCAACAAAACCUCAAACGCAAAAAGUCUAUCCGGGGGCGAACGCUCUUUCACAACAGUUUCACUGCUGAAAGGAUUGUGGACAACUUCAGAUCAUCCGUUUUACUUUUUGGACGAAUAUGACGUUUUUACCGACGAAGUCAACCGAAAGUUUAUAACUGAACUGCUAAUUAAAGAGGGAAAAAAUUGGAGAAGCCGACAGUUUUGCUUUUUGACACCCCUGGACACGGAAGUGGAAGAAAGUCCAUAUAUCAGAAUACUCAAAUUGUCUUCGCCCGAUGAAGAUGAUUCCAACAUGCACUAGACCUAAGGUAUUCCUACAAAGACGGUUGCAGGACGACGACAAAUUAGCAUCCAAAUGUGAAAUCCUCAGGAAACACACAAAUUCUUUACCAUUAAACACAAAGUGUAUUAUUCUAUACUUGGAAUAAUCCUCAUUUGAAUAAAAUGGAUAGUUCUUUAGAUUUAAAA